AUGAGCUCUCUCCGCUUCGCUCGCUCUGCUUUCAGGGCUCGUCCCUCCGCUUUCCGCGUUCCUCUUCAGCGCAGAGGUUACGCCGAGGCUGUGUCGGACAAGAUCAAGCUUUCCCUGACCCUUCCUCACCAGACUAUCUUCAAGUCGACCGGCGUUGUCCAGGUCAACAUCCCCGCCGAGUCCGGAGAGAUGGGUGUCCUCGCCAACCACGUUCCCUCCAUCGAGCAGCUCAAGCCUGGCCUCGUCGAGGUCGUUGAGGAGGGUGGUGCCAGCAAGAAGUUCUUCCUGUCUGGUGGUUUCGCCGUCGUUCAGCCCGACUCUCAGCUGAGCAUCAACGCUGUCGAGGGUUUCCCUCUGGAGGAAUUCAGCGCCGACAACGUCAGGUCUCAGAUCACCGAGGCCCAGAAGAUUGCCAGCGGCAGCGGCAGCGAGCAGGAUAUUGCUGAGGCCAAGAUUGAGCUGGAGGUGUUGGAGAGCCUGCAAGCUGUCCUCAAAUAG